AUGGGCGAAACACCAUCAACACCGAACGCCUUGAAAACCCUUCCCCAAGAUUGCUGGGUGCAGAUCCUGGAUCAAACCUCACUCUCUGACACUGCAUCCGUAGUGGCGACAUGUCGAGGCCUCCAAGUCUCCUCGGAGAGCUCAUUAUAUCGCCAAGUCGAUAUUGACUGGACAAGACCCCCCCUCAAGCGGGUCCUGACUCUAUUCCGUGUUAUUCACGAACGUCCAGAUCUGGCCGCGCGCAUUCACCAUGUGAGCAUGAUCUCUUCGAAACUGGUGUAUCCAGCAGCGAGGCGGACAGACGAGUGGGAGUUGCCUCAAAUCGAUGGGGACUGGAAUCAGCUCUCAUCUCUAUUCCAGGAUGAGGUGGACGCCGCGAAAGACAUCAUCACCAAGGCACAGUUUCCCUCAUCAAAGAUAUGGAUCCAUGCCCUGGAACACGGCGACCCAUACGCAUUUGUGGCUGUUCUUCUUUCUCAACUUCAUAAUGUACGGUCGCUGCAACUUGAUUACACUUUUGUGUGGCAAACCGGGUUCCCGGGGCUGAUGAUGAGACAUGCUCUUCUCUCUGCGCCUGAGAAUACAUUAUCUCGAUUUUCCGAUCUCUCCGUUGUCGAAUACGGCCUCAAUGUUCCAGGCCCUAGAUGGUUUAACGAAACGAGGUGGGAUUUCAUCGAUGCAUUCCCCGUUUGUAACCCGGAUCAGUUUGCAGGCUGGUUCUAUCUGCCUUCUUUGAAAUCCCUGGAAAUCUGGCUCCAAAGUUUCUCAGGUGUCGGCAACGAGUUGUCCAAGCCUGCUGGAUCAAUCAAACUCGCGCAUCUGGCCCAGCUUGAGAGACUCGUGUUGACGGAAUCCUCUGUUGAGGAGGAUGAGGUCAGAAAUCUUUUGUCGCACUUGUCUUCGCUGAGGAGUGUUCACUUGGGCCUCGUCUACCCUUCACAGGAUAAGGAGCUCGAUUAUAACUGGCUGUUGAGUGUAAAGGACACAGUUAAACAUCUUUCUAUUGGCAUAGAGCUUUGUCCACUUUAUGGGCUUCUUGUUUGGGGCGCAAUAGAACGUGACAAUGGCACCCCGCAAGAAAGCUUCAAACCAUUCAAAGGAAUCUUGAAGCAAUUCCCACUUCUUCGAACCGCGGAGCUACCUGCAGUCAUGCUCUUCGGAUGGACUUAUGACGAUGCACCAGCCUUGUCUGAGCUUCUACCGCCAACACUUCAGAAACUCUGCAUUCGAGAAAACUUGUACCAUGUGGAAGAUUUUGAGUGGGAGACAAAUAAAGUUGCAGAAGCAAUUCAGAACUACCUCCCCUUUGUGCAGUCUGCGACUGCUCUGUUGAACAAAAUUACAAUUCGAAUCUUUGAUAUGGGAGAAGAGGGUGUUGAACCAGACGAUUCCACGGGGGCUAGAUCAGCGUGCGAGGAGCUAGGGCUGGAUAUAGACAUUAAUAUGAUCCAGGAUAAUCUCUCGCCGGGACUUUGGACGACGCACAGGGAACUUCAAGAAGGAUCUCGGAGAGACUGUCGGAAUUACGGAUAG